GGGAGAGAGAGAGCUGACGCCGACCAAUCCACAUCCGGCGCGGGGAUAGAGUGUGUAGCUUGCUUUUCCUCCCUUCCCCCAUUUUUAUUUCUCCAUCUUUGGAAGACUCUUGACUUCCAACUCAAUCCAAUCCCACUUCAAAUAAAUAAAAGCUCAACGCAAUCCAAACCAUUCUUUCCAAAUUUCCACCAAAUUUUACUCCGACGGUUGUUGGAUGGACCGCGGACGGAUUUUUCUCGUUUCAGCAGAAUUCAGUUAGAAAAAAAAAAAAAAAUCGAAAUCUCCAAUUUACCCCAUUUCCCAUUACUUUUUCUUCGGAUUUCCCAUAUAAAGAUCAAAGCUUUUCACCUAGCUCAAUUCUUUUCCUGGUUUUGAUUCGGGCGAAGGUCAGAGCUAGCGCAGAGAGAAGCUUGGGGGUUUCAGGGAGAAGGAGAGUUGGUGGGUUGUUUCCCCCGGAAUCAAUCUGCCGAAAGCGAGGCGAGGGGCCAAAUUAAGACUGGCAAAUCUAGGGAAAUUGCGCCCUCGCUUGCCUUUGAAGCAACCCAUUGCUGCAUCCGCCGGCGAUCUCGAAGACAACACCCACUCCAGGCCUUGGCGUCGAAGGCUUUCAUCCUUCUUCUUCGCCUCUUUGUCUUCCAUGGCUUCCUUCUCCUGGACCUCUGCUCUCAGGAUCACUGUCCUCCUCCUUCUCCUCGCCGCUGUGGUUGUCGCCUGCUUCACUCUCCCCGUUGAAAAGAUACUGAAGGACUUCUUAUUAUGGGUUGAGCAGGAUCUCGGGGCAUGGGGUCCCCUUGUGCUUGCUGUGGCAUAUAUACCUUUAACGAUCUUGGCAGUUCCUGCAUCAGUGCUUACUCUUGGUGGCGGAUAUCUUUUUGGGUUGCCUAUUGGCUUUGUUGCUGAUUCUAUUGGUGCCACGAUUGGUGCAUGUGCUGCAUUUCUUCUCGGAAGAACUCUUGGUAGGUCUAUGGUUGUUGCCAAGUUGAAGGACUAUCCACAGUUCAGAUCAGUUGCUAUUGCUAUUGAAAGAUCUGGAUUCAAGAUUGUUCUGUUGCUUCGGCUAGUUCCGUUGCUCCCUUUUAACAUGUUGAAUUAUCUGCUGUCGGUUACUCCUGUUUCUUUUAUGGAGUACAUGCUGGCUUCCUGGUUAGGAAUGAUGCCAAUAACAUUUGCACUAGUCUAUGUUGGAACAACUCUCAAGGAUCUUUCUGAUGUAACGCAUGGUUGGAGUGAAUUCUCGCCAACUCGUUGGGUAAGCAAACCACUCAAUAUUCUUCACGUCAUUUGCUAUCAGUUGCACUUUUACGGCCUGUUUUGAUAUCCUAAAAACUCGGGAAAUGAAAUUUUAUUUCCCAUUCCAGUUUCAUGGUUUAUGUUUGGAGUGAAAAAAGCUUGGGAAUCAACUUCCAUUGGCCUAAAACUUGGUACUUAGAGUUAAAACUCACACUGAAAGUGUUAGGAAUCUGGUUUCAUUGAACUGAAAUAAGUGAGUAUAUAGGAGUUAUCAUAUUAUUAUUUUAUCUUUCCAAUAGCUUGUUUCUGUCUGUGACACCAAUAUGCACAAUUUACCUGGACUUCUUAUAUGCAGGUGAUGAUUGUCUUGAGCCUAGUUGUUUCCGUGGUUAUGAUAUUCACGGUAACCAAAGUUGCCAAGUCUGCCCUGGACAAAGCUUUGGCUGAAUGUGAUGAAAUAGAUGGGUCAUCAGCCUCACCGGAGUUGCCCGUGGUGGUAGAUCCUUCAAGUGAUCUGAACCAGCCUCUGUUAAUCAAGAUAGACAGUGAAGAUUACAUCGAGAACAAACGAAACCAGUGAUCUAUUUGUAAAUCCUCCCUUCUGUGUCAAAAGCCAAUUGCUUCCAGUUUGAUAGUCAAGCAAUCUGCUACUUACCCAGAGUUCUGUACAGUUUGGAUGAUAGUCUGAACGCUGAUCAGGUCCCUGAUCGACAUGCAAUCAACUAAUGGUAGCUAAAUCUAACCUCGUCUCGAAUGCCAGCCAUGAAUAUAGUUUGAAAGCACUGUGCUUUGUUGAUGUUGACUACGUGGGUGCAACUUUGAUUAGAAAAGGAUAGAUCUCUUGGAAACUUUGGUGUCGGUAGAUAGAAACAUGGAAAUAUCUCGAGUUAGAGAGCUUUGGCUCCUUCCACUGGCCAGACCAAUUAACUUGUCUGACAAGCACUGUGUAUGUAUUCAGAAGAUGUUGUACCUUCCAUUUCAGGUUGUGGGGCACGCUAAUCAAAGAUUGGUAGAAGACUUUUCUUCUCGUUGUGAAGUGGUCUUGAACUUGGGAAUCAUGUGAGAUACAGUGGGUUUCCAAUGCUGAAUAGAUAUGGAAUGGGAACUUUGCAGGAAGCCCAUGUUCUUUUGCACAAUUCUUCUAUGAAUAUGUUGCUCACUGAUGGUGAUAACCCUUAUAAUUGGUGAUUCUCUUGUCUUCAUUCAAUAAUUGGAAAGGGAAACCCUAUGUAAUUGGUCACUCUCUUGUUUCCAUUCAAACAACUUGUUGCUCAUGUCAUGCUUGCUACUUACAGUCUUACACAGUAUCUUUUCUCCAAGAUUACUCAUCUAGUGGAGACCAUACAGAAGGACACAUUACAAUGGUGGUGACUAGCACAUUUGAAAAUCAAGGUGAAGAAAACAUUAGAGGUGGUAAAAAAAAGUUGGG